UUUAUCAUGCCAUUUAAGACGGGUCGUAGCUGGAUCCCCGUUCCAUUCAAGAUAACGUUCAAAUUGUGCAGCGACCAGUACGGUAAAGAACAAUGUUGCAGUCCAGCAUAAUUGUACACAUGACAGGGGUAGCUAAAGACAUUACAUUUGAAAUGCUAACAUUAGAUCAUGUUUCAUAUGUAUACCACUUGUAAAAGAUCCGCCCCUAAACCCCGAACUUUUAAAUAGAGAGGGAUAUAAAGAUAGAUAUCUAAAGGUGUAUAUAAAAGGUAUAUAGUCGUGUGGUAUAACCAGUAUAAAGACAGGGGUAUAACGUUAGAUAUCUAAAGAUAGAUUUGUUUAGUAGUAUGUUAUAACCUGUAUACAUCACAAUACUGUAAUGUAGGACAAGUGUCUAUUUCAAUUCGGUAAUGUGAACAACCAUAUAGAUAUAAUCUGUGAAUAUUGCUGUACGUUUAAUCCAAACCCUGUUUAAAUUGGACAUUCUUUGUUGAAACUUGGAUGUACUUUUUGCACGGGACCCUACUGUGUUAUAGAUUUCUCUAAAUAUGGCGGAGGGAGACGAUAAUACACAUAGCUGUAGUAUCUGUUUAGAGGAUUUUACUAAACCUAAAAUACUACCAUGUUUUCACACGUUUUGUGAACAAUGUAUAGACGACCAUAUCAGAGCACAUUCACAUCUCAACAAGUUUAAUUGUCCUAAUUGUAGGAUCGACAUUCAAAUACCUGAUGGUGGUGCAAGUGGGUUUUCAACAAACAUUUAUAUUCAACCGAAAAGUAAAACGGAAAAACAUUUCUGUCCGAGACACAAGGCAAAUGAAAUAGAUUUUUAUUGUCGAGAUUGUUCUGUUGCUGUUUGUAGUAGAUGUCUUAUAUUGGAUCAUACAACUCACUUAAAAACUGACCUUAAUGACGUAGACCAAGAAAUCAGAGGAAAGUUAAACAUUAUAAAGGGGGAGUUAGAAGAGAAGGUUGACGAAGUCGCGAAACAUUGUGAAUCUUUAACCAAUCAAAUAUCUGAUAUCAAGAACCAAGCUAAAAUAGCCUGUGAUAAUGUCGAUACACAGGUUAAACAAGUUUGUAAAGAAGUCAGAAAACAUGGCGGUGACAUAAAAUGUGAGAUGAAUAAAAUUCGUGACGACGAAAGUAAAAAGUUACAGACAUUACAUGACGAUAUGAUCCAAAUGAAAAGUUCUCUACAGAACAGUUUGAAAUCUGUGAAUGAAGUGUUAAAUGGUAAAUCUACAUUUCCAGUUGUAGAUGCGUUAACCAAUGUACAAACACUGACAAAAGAUAGCAGAUCAACCAGUUUAGAUAUACCCCCAGUAAGAUAUGUCCAUUAUCCUAUGGUAGAUAUAGAUGUUAAAACAUUAAAACUACUACUAGGUGAAAUAGAAACAAUGGAGUCACCAACCUGGACAUCUAGUUUUAGUUUGUAUCGGGUGAAGACAGAUGAGUACUACUCUGGUGAUGAUAUAAUGAUACAAGGAAUGCCAUGGUAUGUAGAUGUUAGACGUCUUUCAGAUACAUCAACAUUAGCAUGUUACCUGAAUCUGAGAGGAGUAGAUGAUAAAACAGUUAAAUCCGUUACAGCUAGUUAUACACGAAAACUAUUAAAUAUAAACGAUGUGAGUAAAUCUAUAGUGAAACAACGUACAGAUCCAUUUACACCUGGUGAUGGAAAGGGUAGUAGUAAGUUGAUAGAGUGGAAUAAACUAGAAGAUGUGAGUGAAGGAUUUAUAAACAACAAUAAAACAUUUACUGUGCAGGCGUCUGUAAAAAUAAACAACAUAGAACGAUACUAACAUUUAUAUUAGAUAACAUAGUAUGAUAGAUCGGUGUCAUCAUAAUACAAGAACAUAUCCACAGAACAUAUGUGAAUAAAAUAGAUUUUAAAUCUUUUUGUUUCAACUAAUACAACGUUAUAUAGGUAUGUAUCUAUGGUCGUGUGUGUAAUAAUAACUGAUACAGUGUAAAGUUUGUGUCUAUGGUUGUGUGUACAAUGAAUCGGUAAAUAACUAUUAACUGUGUAAUGGUAUCAGUUAUGUGUAAUAUUAAAUAGCUAUUAACUAUAAAGAUAUCAUUUGUGUUCACUUGAGGUUGUAACGGUAAAUUUAAGACGAUUAUGUGAUACACAAAAACAAGGUGAUUUAUAGACAAUUUAUAUAAUUUAAUAUAAUUUAUCGACAGAAGAUGAUAAGAAGAUAAUAAUUGUAUUUAUAUAAUUUUAUGUUAUUUAUUGACAGAAGAUGAUUAGAAGAUAAUAAUUGUGUUAUGUAAAAUGUGAUAUUUAUAAACCAGGACCCACUUGAAGCACGAGGCUUAAUAGACUGAUUAUUUAAUAAACAAAAGGUUGGUUAUCAGAGCCCCCCCCCCCUCGCCCUCCCCACCCUACCCUGAAAGUUCUUACCCCUCUUAUUGGCCCCAGAAUUGUGUUAUGUAAAAUGUGAUAUUUAUAAACCAGGACCCACUUGAAGCACGAGGCUUAAUAGACUGAUUAUUUAAUAAACAAAAGGUUGGUUAUCAGAGCCCCCCCCCCCGCCCUCCCCACCCUACCCUGAAAGUUCUUACCCCUCUUAUUGGCCCCAGAAUGCUGAUUUUGGUGGAAACGUCCCAUUAGAUGCACCAAUGUGUCUUGUAUAAUGUCUUUUUAAGGUUUACCGAGUCUCAUCAUUGACUUCGAAAUCACUCUCGACAAUCCAAUAUGGCGGAGAUUCCAAAUGGCGUCAAAUCUUAUAUCAUACAUAUGGCUUUCAAUAUGUCUUCAUAUAGGUUAUUAAUGCUACAUAGUCUGGAUCAGCCGAUAUUUUGGAAUUUCGGGAUAGGUCAACGUGUAUCAGCUCUUAAAGUUUCGAAUUAACAACCAACUCGGAUUUAGUAGAUAUGACCACCUGUACGACGUUAUCACCUAAAGAGAUUUCAAGUUUUAUAUGAAUUAUAUUUGGAGGGUAGUUCAAAAUAACAGGGAAUAUAAAUCAUCUGUACUCAGCUUCAUUAUUGCUUAUUGAUUAAUAUAUACUAUAUUUAUUAUGUAUUAUAACUAUAGCCUAUUCUUUGCUUGAUAAAGAUGAGAGGACCCUCGUGGAAACGUUGCCAUAGAAAUAAAUCUGUUAAGUAGCUUGUAUUCCAUAUAACCGUGUUAUGUUUUUUAAUUGGUGGUUGGUGUAUUUGUAGACAUUUUAAAUAUUGCAAUAAAUAAAUUAUACCACCCAG